GGAAGGAUGAGUAUAAAAGAAAAGAGUUGAGUUUGUUUCUCCCUGGGGUUUUACCUUAUCUUCUUGGCAUCCAUCAUAUUCUCAACAACCAUUUUUCAAUGUCAAAACCCCAAACCAAAGCAACCUUAGUUUGGAAGAAAAUCCCUGGUCACCAAAAAGCUCACCUAUUUCAAUGUCGUGGUCGUGGUCCUGGUUUUGCUACAGUUUCGUUGAUGGACAAGAGAGUUGAAGCCAUGCUAGAGUUCGAACCCACCGCCACCCAACUGUUGAAGAACCCGCUCGCUAUUGUCGCUUUGGUGCCUAAAGAUGCUGCCGUCUUUGCUGCUGGUGCCCUCUCCGGCGCUGCUGCCAAAACUGUUACUGCGCCUCUUGACCGGAUUAAACUCAUCAUGCAGACUCAUGGCCUAAGAGUGGGACAGGAAAGUGCAAAGAAAGCUAUUGGGUUUAUGCAGGCCUUUGUAUCUGUAGGGAAGCAAGAAGGCAUUAAAGGCUACUGGAAGGGUAACUUUGCUCAGGUAGUUCGGGUCCUUCCCUAUAGCGCAGUACAACUAUUUGCUUACGACACAUACAAGAGACUUUUUAGGGGAACAGAUAGUGAGCUUAGCCUUAUUGGAAGAUUAGCUGCAGGUGCUUGUGCUGGCAUGACUUCAACUUUUGUGACAUACCCGCUAGACGUACUUAGAUUACGUUUGGCAGUUGAUCCUGGGUACCAAACAAUGACAGAUGUUUUUGUAAAGAUGCUAAAAGAGGAAGGGUUGGGAUCUUUCUAUAGGGGUCUCGGACCUUCUCUUAUUGGAAUAGCCCCCUACGUUGCGGUCAACUUUUGUGUCUUUGAUUUGGUAAAGAAGUCUUUGCCAGAAAAGUUUAGGAACAAAUCAGAAGCAUCAAUAGUGACAGCCUUCGUGGCCGCUAGCAUUGCGACGCUUACGUGCUACCCAUUGGACACUGUUAGAAGACAAAUGCAAAUGAGGGGUACCCCUUACAAGAGUGUUUUAGAUGCCUUUCCUGGUAUUGUUGCUCGUGAUGGUGUAGCUGGAUUAUACAGGGGUUUUGUACCAAACGCUUUAAAAACCUUACCAAACAGCAGCAUUAAGCUAACAAUCUUCGAUGGUAUGAAGCGGUUGAUCUCAACAAGUGAGAUAGAGUUCCAAAGAAUCAUGGAAGAAAACCGGAAGCAGAGCAGCAAUGCUUCAACAUUUUAGAUUUAUUAAUUCAUUGGUUUUAUAAGAGAUCCAAGUCAUAGGCAUCCAACUACUAGUAUUAUCGUUACAUUGGUUUGAUUUAAAAGUCAUUUUUGAAAUUUA